AUGUUGGAGUCUAGUUUGGCUUCGAAUAAUGCCUCUCUCCCGUGUCUCCCCCUCUCCUCACCCCCUCCUCCCCCAGUAGCUGCGGGCAGGAGGCGGGGUCGGCAGACCUACAGCCGCUACCAGACCCUAGAGCUGGAGAAGGAGUUCCUCUUCAACCCCUAUCUGACCCGGAAACGCCGCAUCGAGGUGUCGCACGCGCUGGCUCUGACGGAGCGGCAGGUAAAGAUCUGGUUCCAGAACCGGAGGAUGAAGUGGAAGAAGGAGAACAACAAGGACAAGUUCCCGAGCAGCAAGAGCGAGCAGGAGGCGGUGGAGAGGGAGCGCAGGGAGAAGGAGCUGCGGGAUGGUAGCGGGAGCGGAGGCGGAGAGGGUGGCGGCGGAGGUGCUGAAGGGGGAGGAGGAGGCGGCUCAGUGGCGGUGGCGGGCACGGCGGGGCCCCAGGGCUCCGUAAGUGAGGAUUGCUGCGAGAAAACCCACAAGCAAAUGUAAGGAGGAAAGCGGAGAAGUUAUAAAGGGAAGGUAGGCGGAGGAGGGAGUGAGAGAUGGACAGGAGGGGGUGAGGGUGGGUGCGGGUGGGCGAGGGGCUGUUUUUGUCUUAAUUGAAGCCAUUGGACUGCUCCGUUGUCUCCACAAUUCAAUUGAUGGAAAGGAACUUGAGUCUCCAAAAAAAUGGCCACUGGCGAGCCGGACGGACUGGAGGGGCCUCGCGCCUCUGUCUCCUGACUGUACAAACCGCGGGAAAGAAAAAAAAGAAGAAAAAAAGAAACAUUGAAGCAAGAACUAAAAAAAAAAACACAACUGAUGAGGGCGGGGUUUAUCCAUCCAAGUCAAACAAACAUAGUCUACUCUAGUGUUUAAAACAAACAAAAAAAAAAAGAAAGAAAAAUGAUAGCUUCCUUUCUUUGUGGAACAAUUAUCGUGGAAACAUUUCUAUAUUGUUAGAAGUUUAUCAUUAACAAUUUUAUCUUUGGCAGCUGUAUAGUUUUUAAGUUAAAAAAAUGAUGAUGGUGCACUUUUUACUGUACUUCUCACUUCUAUGUUGUUGAUGUUGUUAUGGCAAUGAUUGAUUGAUUGAUUGAUUGAUUGAUGAUAAUGAUGAUGAUGAUGAUGAUGAUGAUGAAGAUGAUGAUGAUAAUGAUGAUGACGUAGCAAUUAAUGAAAUUUCCAACAACAUGAAACUGCCUAUUUAUGCCGUUUUAGUAGGUCGGGUCUCUUUUUUACACACUCUAAUUGUCGUUUCUCGUUUUAGUUUGUUUUUUGAUCGAUGGUGUUUGUUUUAUGUUGUCUUCCUUUUUCUCUUUUUUGGGUAAAAAGCAUGCGCACAGUGCAGAUUAAA